AUGCGCUUCGUCUCCAAGCUGAUCAACGUUAAUCUUCUCAUUAAGCUCAUCCAGACGCUCGAUAAGAUUGGGAAGACGUGCGUCGUGCACCUCACCCCCAAGAAGGUGGAGUUUAUCCUUACUUCGGACAUCACCGAUGGAGUGCAAGUGUGGUCGGGUGUCAACGCGGCCACUCUCUUCGACGACUAUCGAAUUGAGAGCAAGAACAACAACGAAAUCGCCUUCGAGUUGAGCCUGGACAACGUUCUACGCGGCCUCAAGUCUGGCCAGCUGGCGACGGACAUCACCAUGAAGCUGACAAAGAAGCAGAACAUCCCCUACCUCAGCAUUCUUAUCGAGAUCCAGCAAAGCCAUCAGAUGAUGACUGUGUUGCAGGACAUACCUGUCAAGCUCCUAUCGGCCUCACAGCUGGCCCAGUUCCAGGAACCUCACCUUCCCGAUCCUGAGGUGUGGAUCAUGAUGCCGCCGCUGAAGCUGCUGCGAAACGUCAUCGACCGGAUGAAGAACAUCCACGACUAUUUCAUCAUCACAGCCAACAUGGCCGGCGAGUUGACGCUCAAGGUGGAGACCGACAUGGUCUCGGUCGCCACCUUCUACACCAACCUCGACCAUCCUCAGAUUGAGGGUCGCAGUCCGCCGCGGAGAGACCAGGACAAGACGGCGGAGGUGAAGGUGGACAUCAAGAAGUUCAACCGUUUCCUGUACAGCUACCAAGUGAGUCCCACCAACGUGAUCCUGUGUAUCAUCGAAAACACUGCCCUCGUGCUUCACGUCCUGCUCGAGGACCUGUACCUCACGUACUACAUCCCCGUAGUGCUCUCGUGA